AAUAAAGCCAAACUUCGUUUGCAGCCCUAAUAAAGUGCUAUUCAUCAAGAAAAUACAAAAUAAAUAUCUCCAUCAAAGUCCACCUUUUUUCUGUGUGCGCUCUCCAUAGUCAUGAGCCUCUUCGGUCUCGGCAGGAACCAGAGGACGUUUCGUCCAAAGAAGAGUGCACCUUCGGGGAGUAAGGGGGCACAACUAAGGCAACACAUUGAUGCUACGUUGGGUAGCGGAAACCUGCGAGAAGCUGUGAGACUUCCUCCUGGGGAGGAUAUAAACGAAUGGCUUGCCGUCAACACUGUGGAUUUCUUCAAUCAAGUCAAUCUUCUUUAUGGCACCCUAACCGAGUUCUGUACACCGGAGAUUUGCCCCACCAUGACCGCGGGUCCCAAGUAUGAGUACCGAUGGGCUGAUGGCGUGCAAAUCAAGAAACCUAUUGAAGUUUCGGCUCCAAAAUAUGUUGAGUUGUUGAUGGAUUGGAUUGAAUCACAGUUAGAUGACGAAUCUAUAUUUCCUCAAAGGCUUGGCGCGCCAUUUCCAGCAAAUUUUAGGGACGUUGUGAAAACGAUAUUUAAACGUUUGUUUCGUGUAUAUGCGCAUAUCUACCAUACACACUUUCAGAAGAUUGUGAGUCUUAAAGAGGAAGCCCAUUUGAACACAUGUUUCAAGCAUUUCAUAUUGUUUACAUGUGAGUUUUCUUUGAUCGACAAGAAGGAGCUUGCCCCGCUUCAUGAGCUUAUAGAAUCCAUCGUCACUUAUUGAAAACGUUCGUGUUUGGCAUAUCAUUAACUUUGAUAAUAUUCGGGAGCUGAAUAAGGUGGCGGUGUUACAAAUAUCGUGCUAGAUUUUAUCUAAUGUAACUAUUGUCGUUUAUUGGCUUAUAUCAUUCUAGUUGACAAAAUUUUAAGAUUAUGCUGGAUUUUUUUUCUGGUU